AUGAUGGCAGAAGCUUCUUUACAUUUUGACAAUAAUAUAACGGUUUCGGGUACAAUUACGUUCACGCAAGCCGAUGCAAACAGUCCUGUUGUAGUAGCUGGUACAUUGACAGGUUUGGUACCACAUAGCACUCUUCAUGGUUUUCAUGUUCAUCAAAACAGUAUGGAUAAUACCCUCAAUUGUACAGCUGCUGGUGCACAUUUUAAUCCUUAUACUAAAUUACACGGAGCAAAAAAUGAUACAAUUGAUCAUCGACACGUUGGUGAUUUGGGAAAUAUUCAGGUUGAUGGUUCUGGCAGUGCUACAAUAAGCUUGACUGAUACUAUCAUUCAAUUGUACAAUCAAACACAAUCAAUUAUAAAUCGUACAAUUAUUAUCCAUCAAGAUGUAGAUGAUCUUGGACUCGGAGGUAGUCCAUUAAGUAAUACAACAGGAAAUGCAGGUGCAAGACUAGCAUGUGGUGUAAUUCGACUGACAUCUCAUGGAAAUAUAUUAUCAAAAUCUAUACCAUAG